GGUUACAUAAUCCACUGAGCUUACAGGUCACGGCCAUCUGGAGGUCCCAGUCGACCAAAGGAAGCCACGUAACAUCAGCAGCUUUUGAAAAGGUGCAUUCGAGGCUCUUGGGUUGAGGAACAUGCAGUCGAUUUUUGCAAGAAAUGGAUUCGAGACUCCAGAGCCGGUGAAAGCUCAGGUGAACGGGUCCAUCCCACCAUGGCUGCAGGGCACCCUGCUGAGGAACGGACCGGGUCUUUUCUCCGUGGGCGACUCGGAGUACAACCACUGGUUCGACGGCAUGUCGCUCAUUCACAGCUUCACCUUCAGCCAGGGUCAGGUGACCUACAGGAGUAAGUUUCUGAAGAGUGAGACGUACAAAAGGAACAUCAAGGCCAACAGGAUAGUUGUCUCAGAGUUUGGAACCAUGAUCUACCCGGAUCCCUGCAAAAACAUCUUUUCCAGGGCCUUCACGCACCUCAGCAACAUCAUACCCGACUUCACGGAUAACAACUUGAUCAACAUCGUCCGCUACGGUCAAGACUACUACGCCUCCUCUGAGGUCAACUACAUGAACCAGAUUGAUCCUGAUACCUUGGAAACCAUCGGUAGAAUCAACUACAGGAACCACAUAGCUCUGAACUUGGCGACGGCUCACCCCCACUACGACAACGAGGGCAACACCUACAACAUGGGCACCGCCAUCAUGGGCAUGGGCCUGCCCAAGUACGUCAUCUUCAAAGUCCCGGCCGACGCCUCGGACAACAAGAAUAAGAAGCCGGCGCUGAGGAAAGUCCAGCAGGUGUGUUCGAUCCCCUUCCGCUCCACCCUGUUCCCGAGCUACUACCACAGCUUCGGCAUGACGGAGAACUACGUGGUGUUCGUGGAGCAGCCCUUCAAGCUGGAUAUCGUCAAACUGGCCACCGCCUACUUCAGAGGGGUCAACUGGGGCAGCUGCCUCAAGUUCGACAAGGACGACAUUACUUUGUUUCACGUCGUUGACAAGAAGACGGGAAAGGCCGUCUCCACCCGUUUCCACGGCGACCCACUGGUGGUCUUCCACCACAUCAACGCCUACGAGGCCGACGGCCACGUGGUCCUCGACUUGAUCGCCUACCGCGACAGCAACUUGUACGACAUGUUCUACCUGCGCAACAUGCGGCAGGAGAGCGAGGCCCUGGUGGAGAGCAACAAGGACUGCUCGCCGCCGGUGUGCCAGAGGUUCGUCCUGCCGCUCCACACCAGCAAGGACGCCCCCGGAGGAUCCGAACUGGUGACCCUGACGGACACCACUGCCCGGGCGGUGAAGCACGAGGACGGCUCCGUCUACUGCCGGCCAGAAACGCUCUUUGAAGGUCUAGAGCUGCCAGCGAUCAACUACGGCUUCAACGGCAAGAAGUACCGCUACUUCUACGGCUCCAGGAUGGAGUGGUCGCCCCAUCCCAACAAGAUCGCAAAGUUUGACAUCGUCACCCGAGAGCACGUGGAGUGGCGGCAGGAGAACUGCUUCCCGUCGGAGCCGGUCUUCGUGGCGUCUCCGGGAGCCGUGGAGGAAGACGACGGGGUGAUCUUGUCCUCCGUCAUCUCGCCGGACCCAAACAUCUCGCCGUUCAUGCUCGUCCUCGACGCCAGGAGCUUGGAGGAGGUGGCCCGGGCCUCCAUCCCGGCCCCCGUCCACAUGGACCUCCACGGGCACUUCAUCGCGGCCCCCGUGUGACGGCUUCCGUCCGAGAGAAGGCGGGGCUACGGUUUGGUUUUAACAGGCAGGAACGUCUCCCCGGAGGACGAACCCGGCGAAGGCCCCAUUUGUCACAAUGAAAAACUAAAACUCUACAAAAUGCGUUGAUUAAACUAUUUCUGUAAUUCUUCAUCUAGUUUGAAUUUUAGGUUAAAAAUGGCUUAACAGUAUUUAUGUUUAUUACAUUAUAUUUUUUUCAUCGUUAAGGUCACAUUGAAGUUAAGUUAGUCAACACAUUUAAACAUCGCCGCUUUCUAGAAAAUGCCCUUAAAUUGCAAAUAUUCAGUGUAAAUGUUCUGUCAGGAUUAAUUCUGGGUAGUAUUGGUAUGAUGGUAUUAAUAAGCACUGUACUUUUUCAAAAUAGAUCAUUUUUAUUACCAUAAUUCAAAAGUUUCAGCCUCCUAAUAGAAACGAUUUUGCGCAUUUACAACUUCGACCAAUUUUAAAACUUGUUUGUAGGUUCUACAUAUAAGAAAGAUGUGAUUUUUACGCAUUUUUAAUUGUUUUAUUUUCUAACUGGACUUUUAUAUUCAAACUAAAAACAGCAAAGCUGAUUUUUACUUUUUAUUCCAGAAUCUCUAAAAUGGUUUUCACAAUAAAGUUCAAAAAAAUGCUUA